GCCUCGUGUUCAAGUUGCUGUCCCUCUGAGUGUUGAUGACGUUAAGACCAGUGAAGAGCCGAUAAAUAUUUGUUAUACAUGCGUGUGUGUGUGUGUGUGUGUAAAGAAGGCUUUUCCCAAUCAAAGCUCACCAAAUAAAUAGCAAAGCAAGUCUGGAACGCUUUUAAUUUAUUCCCAGCAGCCUCUGAAGCGAUCGAUGGACAUGGAUGAAUCUACGACUAGUGAUCCCCAUGGAAACGUCCCCUUCUCGUGGGAGAAGAAGGCUGGUGUUUCCAAGGUCCAUCAACCUGAGAGCCUCACAAGAGAGGAAGAGUUACUGCAUAAUCUACCACCUCCGCCGUGCACGACGGAAGUAGGCGGCGGCAAGAUUAGCGGUGGUGUUCAAGAUAUUCAGAAUAUUCCACUGCCUCCAUGUGCGUUUCAGCCUCCUGUCUACAGAACAUCGUCGAAGAAGGGACUGUGGACGCAAGAGGUGGACGAUCCUUUCUUGGCUGCUUACAAAGAGUGCACCAAAACUACUCGCAAAAGUAACGGCAACAAUAAGAGCUGCGAAUCGGUGUUAAGGAAGAGGGUUAUUUCUAUUUUCUCAUGUAAGCGAUCCUGCGCUGUUCGGGACAAUAACUUGGUUAGGAUCUCUCAUGUCUCAGUCCCACACAACGUAGAUAAACAUUAAUUGUGCAGAUAAGUAACCUCUUCUUAAUGAUGUUUGUGAACUAUGGUUUUUUGGCUUCUUGCUCCAGGGCCAAAUCCCAUUGGCUGGUCUACCCUUUCCUUCUGCUUCAACUAGAGAGUAUUAUAGAAAGGAGAAUUUGUAAACAAUAUAUUUAGAUUAUUCUUCAUUUCACGA